AUGGCGGCCUCUCCCGCUUUGGCCCGGGUCAGGGCGGCCAUCAACGACCGAAUCGCCUCCAUCCCAGGCUUCAAGGGCCUUCCCCCGCAAUCCAUCCUCCUCAUCUCCACCCUCAUUCUCGUCAAUAUCCUCGUCUGGCUCGCCGUUGCCCUGCCCAUCCUCACCACCCACCCAAAGCUGGCGGCCCCUGCCGCCAUAUCCUGGACCCUCGGCCUCCGCCACGCCCUCGACGCAGACCACAUUGCCGCCAUCGACCUCACCACGCGACGCCUCAUUGCCGCAGGCCAGCGCCCUGUCUCUGUUGGCACAUUCUUCUCCCUAGGCCACAGCACCAUUGUCAUCAUCACAUGUGUCGUUGUCGCGGCGACAAGUGGUGCUCUGAGAGAGCGGUUCGACGGAUUCGCCAAGGUAGGCAAUAUUGUCGGUACGAGCGUCAGUGCUGCCUUUCUCAUCGUGCUGUGUCUUGGCAACGGAUGGGUGCUUCAUGGCCUGGUCCGACGACUACGAGCUACGCUCGCCGCACAGCGGGAGAGCGGGAUAGCGGCAGGAGAGCAGCAACGGAUGACCCAGGAUGAUGUACAGCGCGUGGCGGAAGGCCAGUUCCACCUCGAGGGUGGCGGCUUCAUGGGACGAGUGCUCAAGAAACUGUUCCGGGCUAUUGAUCGCCCGUGGAAAAUGUAUCCACUGGGUGUCGUCUUUGGACUCGGCUUUGACACGUCCAGCGAGAUUGCCAUCCUCGGCAUUGCCAGUAUUCAGGCCGCACAGGGCACAAGUAUUUGGGUCAUCCUCAUUUUCCCCGCCCUGUUUACCUCGGGAAUGUGUCUACUCGACACCACAGACGGCGCCCUCAUGCUCGCUCUGUACACAUCCAAGGCAUUCUCACGCGAUCCGGUGGCCAUUCUGUACUAUUCCAUCGUCCUCACCGGAAUCACUGUCGCUGUCUCUGCGUUUAUCGGCUUGGUUCAGGUUCUGUCUCUAGUGCAAAACGUGGCGGAGCCGCAGGGAAGGUUCUGGGACGGCGUCGAGGCCAUCGGUGACAACUUUGACAUUGUCGGUGGGUGCAUCUGUGGCGCUUUCUUGCUCGUCGGCAUUGGCUCCAUUGUUAUAUAUAGGCCAUGGAGGCGACAAGCAGAUGCGGACGAGGAGAGGAACGAUGGCGAUGCAGGGACAGUCAUAGCCACGGAUGAUGGCUUGACGAGCGGAGACGCUGUGGCCCGCGAGUCAACGCCGCUGCUGGGCGUUGACCAGACACCCGUCGGCAAUGCCACUGAUAGUAGCCAGGUAUGA